AUGGCGGGCGCCAAGCAGUUGUCCUUCUCCGAGGCGCACAAGCCGGGGCUGUGCGAUGUGGCCUAUCUGCCCGCCGCCGGCGGCGCCGCCACCCUCAUCACCGCCGGCGCCGACGGCCGCGUGUGCUACCGCAGCGCCGAGGCGCCGGCAGAGGCUGCCAAGGAGAUCGAGAACUCCAACAACGGCGCCUCGGCGCCGGUGCACUGCGUGGCGGCCGCCCAGGGGCGCGCGGUAGUGACGGGCGACGACCAAAAUUUCGUCAAGUGCUACUCCCACCCCGCCGGCGAGCUGCAAGGGGUGGCCACCCGCUUCACGCUGCCGGUGCGCGCGCUGGCCUUCUCGCCCUCGGGCUUGAACCUGGCGGCAGGCGGGGACGAUGAGGGCAUUAAGCUCGUCGACAUCACCACCUCCAAAGUAUUCCGCCAGCUCAAGUCUCAGGCCUACACCCGCAGCCUGGCGUACGACCCAGAGGGGGAGUACCUGGCUUCGGUGAAUGCAGACGGCACGCUGAACGUAUGGGAGAUCCAGACGGGCAAGCAGCCGCUGUGCCGGCGGAAGGCGUGCCCCAAGCUGGACCUGGCCUCGACCAGCCGCAGCCAGGCGGCCUGGCACCCCGACGGCGGCAGCCUGCUGGCGGCCCCCGGCACCGACCACGACGUGGUGCUGUAUGAGCGCAUGAGCUGGGAGGCUGCCUUCUCCCUGGGCGGGCAGCACACCGCGGAGGUCAGCCUGCUGGCAUUCAGCAAGAACGGCCUGUACCUGGUCAGCGCGGGCCAGGACCAGGCGGUGGUGGUGUGGGACGUGAAUGAGCGGGCGUGCCUGGAGAAGCGGCUGCUGCCGGGGGCGGCCACGGGGCUGGCCUGGCACCCCACCAAGAACGAGCUGGCCGUCAUCACAGAGGAUGGCCAGCUGGCGGUGUGGUCGGGCGUGGUGCCCGCCAAGCUCCCCGGCCCCACCGUCGACCUCGACGCCCUCAACGGUGUGAAGAAGAAAGGAGAGGGCGAGGCCGGCGCCGCGGGCGGCGCCGGCGGGGCAGCCGGCAUGGCAGACGGCGUGUCUGUGUUGGAAGGCGGCGGCGGCGGCGGGGUCGGGGCCACCGAGGCGGGGGCUAGCGACGAGUAUGAUCGGGAGGAUAGCUUCCUGGCGGAUUCAGGGCCCAAGCGCGGCGCGCGGCGGCGCGGCCGCGGCGGCUACGCCGGCUUCUCCUCGUUGGACCUGCCGCAGCCGCAGGAGGCGAUCCAGCCGGGCGCUACAGAGAUGGGCGACAGCGGGCGGCGCUACCUGGCCUUCACGGGGCUGGGCUGCAUCAUGCUGAGGCAGGAGGAGGACCACAAUGUGGUGGAGGUCUCCUUCCACGACAGCAGCCGUCAGCGCAAGCGCAUCCCGCUGCUCAACGACUUCUUCGGCUUCAGCCUGGGCUCCCUGGGGGACAAGGGCGCGCUGUACGCCAGCCGCUCCAACAGCGAGUCUGCCAGUACCGUGGUGUACCGCCCAUUUGAGGCCUGGGCCCCCAACUCAGACUGGUCCCUCUCCCUGCCCAAGGGCGAGGAGGCGGAGUGCGCGGCCGCCGGGGGCUCCUUCUGUGCUGUGGCCACCAGCAAGCGCCACCUGCGCUUGUUCAGCCAGGCCGGCACGCAGACGCACCUGCUGACGCUGCCGGGCGCUCCCGUGGGGCUGGCGGCGGCGGGCCACCAGCUGGCGGCGGUGUGGCACGGCGCGGCGCCCACGGCGGGCGGGGACCAGUGCCUGCAGUACGCCCUGUACGACGUGGCAGAGCAGCGCCAGGUGCACGGCGGCCCGCUGCCGCUGUCCCCCGCGGCCAGCCUGGCCUGGCUGGGCUUUGCCGAGGAGGGCCUGCUGGCUGCGUACGACACGGAAGGGGAGCUGCGCCUGCGCAGCGCCGACUUUGGGGGCAGCUGGGUCACUGCCUUCUCGGCCGCGGCAGAGCGCAAGAGCACGGAGCAGUAUUGGGUGGUGGGCCUCGGGGCCAAGGAGCUGCAGUGCAUUGUGUGCGCAAACACCACCGAGCCUGCGGUGCCCUCAGGCAUGCAGCGGCCGGUGGUGACGGCGGUGGCGCUGCGGCCGCCGGUGGUGGCGCAGGACGCGGCGCUGGCUCCCUUUGAGGCGGACCUGAUCAGGCACGGCGCGGUGCUGAGCCACCUGGGCGCCGCCGCCGGCGACGCCAGGGAGGCGGAGGAUGGCGGAGAGCUUGAGGAGGCUCUGCACCGCGCGCAGCUGGAGGCUGACCGCAUCAGCCUGCGCCUCAUCCAGAAGCUGCUGGCCGCCGACCGGCAGGCACGGGCCCUCGAGGCGGCCUGCACCCUGCACAACGUGCCGGCGCUGCAGGGGGCGCUGAAGCUGGCCAACCACCACAGGGCCACAGCGCUGGCUGAGCGCAUCAGCGCCGUGCUCGAGCAGCGCGUAGCCAUGGAGGAAGCUGCCCUGGAGCUGGAGGAGGCUGAGCAGUACCAGCAGUACCAGGGGGAGGGCGUACCGCACAGCGCGCAGCGGCAGCAUGGAGACAUCACUCCGGUGCCGGGCCCCACAUUCACCGAAAACCACCAGGCCAGCCCCGCGGCGGCGGCCACCGCAGGCAACAUGAGCCGAGCGCCGUCGCCAGCCGUGGUCAGCCGGCCGCAUGGCGGCACCGGGGCGGCAGCCAGCAGCAACCCCUUUGCUCGCAAGCCCGCGGCGGAGCAGCCUGAGAACUCGCCAGGCAAUGCUGCGGCCGUGGCUGCCGCCGCCAAGCGCAAGGCCCCAGCCAGCGGCAACCCGUUUGCACGCAGGUCCAAGGCCGCAAAGGCCUGA